CUAGCUAGUGCUUCCUGUUUUCGGCUUCCGUCCUCUCAGCUUCCACCGAGCACCUCCACCUGCCAGAGCUGAGCCUCUGAGGCCCUUCCUGGCCUCAAGUCGGCCCUCAGUUCUUCACCCCAAUGAGAGGAGUGCUGGGUGCGGGUCUCUUAAGAGCUGAGGGUUGAGGUCACUGAACCAAUAAACACACUUGUGACUUCUGCCCCUGAAAACACCUGCACGUCAAUGCAGAGCCAAGAUGGGGAAUGGAACAGAGGAAGAUUAUAACUUCGUCUUCAAGGGCCCCGUGUUUGAUCCUUCUGUGGGUCCCUAGUCCCACAUGAAUACCUCCUUGAAUGCAAGUGGUGCUGAUCGGUGAGUCAGGUGUGGGCAAGACCAAUCUGCUGUCCCGGUUCACUCGCAAUGAGUUCAGUCAUGACAGCCGUACCACCAUCGGUGUUGAGUUCUCCACUCGAACUGUUCUCCUGGGCACCGCUGCUGUCAAGGCACAGAUCUGGGACACAGCUGGCCUGGAGCGCUACCGAGCCAUCACCUCUGCGUACUAUCGAGGGGCAGUAGGAGCACUUCUGGUAUUUGACCUAACCAAGCACCAGACCUACACUGUAGUGGAACGCUGGCUGAAGGAGCUCUACGACCACGCUGAAGCCACCAUUGUUGUCAUGCUUGUAGGGAACAAGAGUGACCUCAGCCAGGCCCGAGAGGUACCCACUGAGGAAGCCCGCAUGUUUGCUGAAAACAAUGGCCUGCUAUUCCUGGAGACCUCAGCUCUGGACUCUACCAAUGUUGAGCUGGCCUUUGAGACAGUCCUCAAAGAGAUCUUUGCAAAGGUGUCCAAGCAGAGGCAGAACAGCACCCGGACCAAUGCCAUUGCCCUAGGCAGUGCCCAGGCUGGGCAGGAGCCUGGUCCUGGAGAGAAGAGGGCCUGUUGCAUCAACCUCUGAUCUCAGCCAUGGCCAGCCUGAGCCUCAUUCCCAGGCUUCUGGUGCUCCACCCCCACCCCUCCUGUGGGACUUUUGAUUCCCUAUUCACAGGCACCCAGGGUAGUCAUACCCCAUCUCUUUUUUUUUCUGUCUACCCCCACCCCUUCAAAUAAAGCUGUUUUGUAUCAAUGCCUGGCCA